CUACUCAUCAGUGGCAGUGAAACAAUAUUGGAUGGAUCUGGAAUAGAAGUAACUGAAGAAUUUGAUUUUUCUCGAAGAGUUUUUAACUGUUCUAGACGCGACAAAAGAUACACGAAAUCAAGGUUACUUACAAAUAUUAUUGAAAAACGAAGUGCCGCAAACCAUGUACUUAUCGUUAUGGAAAAUUACGCAUUAAAAUCAAAGCCUCUUAAUAUAAGAAAUGACAAUGUUGCUAAUGCCUAUUCUAAAGGCACUAGUUCGGAAAGGUUAAAGAACCUCAAGAGAAUAGAAAAUGCUCUUGUGGAAUGUAUUGAUGAAAAAGUACUUGGGCAAGAGAAUAUAUUGCCACAAAUUAGCGGUAAUAGCGUCUCAAUGGAUCAACGAAAAAAUAUUGAUGCAGGCAUUGUUGAAUCUUUUUACGAAUAUCAAAAAACUAUUCCAAAAAGCCUCUCGCAUAUUGAGGAAUUCUAG